AUGAAGUCUGCUGUUCUUCAUAAAUCAGCCACAGUAAAUCCUGAAGACAGUCAAACUCUGAUGAAGAAGAAAUCAUUAAAAAAAUCACCCCCUAACCGAAAGACCAUCUCUUGGUGGGGAUGUUACUCUCAGAUGUUCUUCAUGUACCUCCUUGGGGGGGGGGGCGGUGAGAUGAUGUUGCUUGUAGCCAUGGCAAUAGACAGGUACGUUGCCAUAUGCAAACCCUUCCAUUACCUGACCAUCAUGAGCCCAUGAAUGCUCGUUCAGCUGCUGUUAUCCUCCUAUACAGUUAGAUUUGUGCAUUCAUCUAGUCAGAUGGCUUUCAUGUUGAAUUUGCCCUUCUGUAGUCCCAAUGUGGUGGACAGCUUUUUCUGUGACCUCCCCCUUGUGAUCAAACUUGCCUGCGAAGAAACCUACCUGCUACAACUGCUGGUUGUUGCUGACUGUGGCCUCCUGCCCCUGGUCUGCUUUCUCCUCUUGCUUGUCUCCUAUGGGAUCAUCAUGUACUCAGUCAGGCACCGUGCUGCUGGUGGUUUGGCCAAGGCCUUCUCCACUCUGUCAGCACACAUCAUGGUUGUGACUCUCUUCUUUGCCCCCUGUGUCUUUAUGUAUGUAUGGCCCUUUCUCUGUGUGUUUUAUACAAUUUUCACACCUCUCUUAAAUCAUAUUAUUUAUACAUUAAGGAAUCAAGAAGUAAAAUCAGCCAUGAAGAAGAUAAGGACUCGACAUACAAAUUCAAAACACACUUUGUAG